ACUGUUUCCAUUGCCGAAGCAAAACAAAGUCGAUUUUCUCCUCUGAGAGCGUCUGUCAACACUGGGAAUAUUCGAUGAAAUUAAAGCUAUUCUCCGGUAUUUCUCUUCUUGACGUAUUUAUACGAUGAUUCGUUGAGCCGUUUUCAGUACCACGUCACUUGGAUCCUCUUUGUAAGAUAUUUGGGCAAUUGAAUGUGUUAUGGAUGCGGAUUAUGAUAUCAGUACAAGAGAUUAGUUUUGGGAGCUGAACCAUUCUGUAGAGCAAGUACAUGUGGAGUACAGCUACUGCAUUCUUGGCUUCUAAAAUGUAGAGGUCAAGUAUAAAGGGAACAUUGAAGUAUUAUUAUGUAACAGUGCUUUUUUGUAGAGAUAUUUAUGUUCCACCCAUCCUUCGGCAUAUUCAGUACUGUGUCCAUAGCAGCAAGCAUGAAUUCCAGCGAUUACUUGGACGGUACUCAAGAAUAUGAAACUCUCUAUCCUCAGACUGUAAUGGAUUCAGACAGUCAGGAUUCUCCAGUUCAUAACAAGAAGCCUCAUUUCUAUUCCCCAAGCCAUGCAAAGCACUUUGACUGCUUUUGUGGAAAAAUAUUCAUAAGUAAAGCUGAUUAUAAUCGUCACAUGCUCAUCCAUACUGGGGAGAGACCUCAUGAAUGUGAAAUAUGUGGUAAAGCAUUUUCUCUGAAAGGAAACCUGACGAAGCACAUGAUGUUGCACACUGAAGAAAAAUCUUACCACUGUCCAGAUUGUGGGAAGGGCUUUUUGAAAAAAGGCUAUAUUGACCAGCAUAUGCGAGUUCACACAGGAGAAAAGCCCUUUGUAUGCCCUCACUGCAACCGAGCCUUUUCUUUAAAGGGAAACUUAGCCCAGCAUAUAAAGCUUCAUACGGAUGAAAAAUCUUACAGUUGCAUGCAGUGUAACAAAUUGUUCCUGAAGAAGAGCUAUUUGGUUCAGCACAUGCGAGUGCAUUCUGGGCUUAAGCCUCACAAGUGCAACUUAUGCAGCAGGGCCUUUAAUCUGAAGGGCAAUUUAGUACAGCACUUAAAGAGACACAGUGGCCGUAAACCUUUUAAAUGCUUGGAGUGUGGUAAAGCGUUUGCAUUGAAAGGAGCUUUAAGGGAACACGAGAAAAUUCAUGGAGGUGAUAAACCUUUCGUCUGUAAUGUUUGUAGUAAGGCAUUCAAUAAAAAAGCCUAUUUAACACAACACGAGAGAACGCACACAGGUGAACGUCCUUUUCAUUGCUUGGAGUGCGGCAAAUCUUUCUCUCAGAGAAGCAUACUCAAUCAGCACAUGAAGCAGCAUGGAGAGAGAUCUUAUAAAUGCUGUCAGUGCCAUAAGAUUUUUUUGAAAAAGCUGUCUGAAAUUAACAAAGCUGUCAAGAAUAAUCGCUUUGGGGGCUUUAAAUGUAAUGAAUGUGAAAUUCUUCAUGGAAAGGGUGAGUUGGGCUCUGAUGGAAAUGUUUCUGUGUUCCUGAAAGAAGAGCAGUCUCUUUCUGGGUAUGAUGCUCAGUCUUACAUACAGGAUGAUAAUAUGUCAUUAUAUAACUUAGACAGUUUGCAGAAGGCUGAUGAAUUUGACAGGCUAAGACUUCUGAAACUGACUAGGUUAGAGGAGGACUGUACUUCUUCCUCUGAUAAACAGUGUAACACAUCUUUAGUAUCUGAGAGCAGUGGCUUGAAUGAAAGACCCUAUGAAUUUGAUACAUCGGCAGCUCAACCCUCUGGAGCCUCAGCUCCCGCAGAAGUUAAAAAGUAUGUAGACUAUAGUCCAAAGAAAGUUGCCAUUGCACAUGCUUUGUCAAAAGAAAGCAGUAAAAGACCAACUAAUCAGAAUAAGGUUCCCGCUUCAGCUACUAAUAUAGAUGAAAUGCAAGGUCAGAAUAAAAUGCAAGCUACAUAUACAGAGCUGAAAGUAGUUGAAAAACACAGAAUUCCAGGUAGCACUCAAACACAAGACCCAUCUCUUCUGGAAACACCUAUUAGUCAAAAACAGUUGUGUGAUGAGAGAAAAAAGCUGGAGGCAGUUCUUAAAGCAAGUGGUGGCGAGGCAAAGGAACCAUCAGAAACGACUGCUGAGAAGAAUAGUAGCCAGACCUGUGCAGAACCAUCAGUGAAAGAGUCAGAUGUUGUAAAGACUGGUGAGAAAAGCCAGCAGAAUAAUGUCAAAAGUGCUUCAGAACAGUCAGGAGAGUUAGUGGCAGAUGCCUCUAAGACCGCCACAAAUAGUGAUAAAACCUCAGGACAUACUGUCAAAAAACAUCCUGCAUCGGGUAAUGAUUCUCAGAACUCUUCAUCAGUAGAAGAAUCUGAAUCAAGGAGAGCUUUUCUGUACAGUCAGUCUUCUUUAUCAGAUUACAAUGCUAGAAAUCUGGACUCCCUAAGGUAUAUAGAAAACUUGCAGAGAAAUUUCUCUGGCAUUCGACAUGGAAAUGUGCCAGAGGUAGAAAGUGCUUUAAGUAGAUUUGGUAUUAAAGGUUACUAUAAUUCUCCAUGGUCAUUUGCAGGAAAUUAUCCUGAGUGAAUGCACAUUACUAAAGUCUGUUAUAGAAUUUUUUGACUGGAGAACAUUUUUUUUUGUAUAACUACAAAAUGCUGUGCAGCAUGACUAUGGUUACUGUUGGUAGUGUUAUCAAAAGUACAUACUGUGAACACAGCACAAAGGAAUCAGUUUAAACUUUAUAUCAUUUGUUAAUAUGAUGUAUGGCAUUAUUCAUUGAUAUGAGAGUUUUCAUAUCUUCAAGCUUAUGUAGUGUAGAUAUGCCAAUAAUACUAUUGUUAUAGCUUAUACUAAAGUAACACUUAUUGAAGAAUUAUUUCAUUUUCAUAGAUAUAUGAUUCUAAUAGUAGUACAAAUUUUUUUACAAUAUUAUUUACUGCAUUAUGAUGUGCAUCUUUUGUUUUGUAAACUAUAGUAUAUCACACACAUAUAUAUAUAUAAUUAUGCAUUCUCUAUCCUUUACAUGCAUAUGUAAUUACAUUUAUGCUAAAUUAUUAAUGUUCAGUUAACUACUGUUUUGGGGAAUCACUGUAUCUACAUAUUACUGAUAUCCUUUGACACUAUUAAUAUCACUCAUGGAAUUUAUGGGUAUUUAAGAAACCUAGUUGCUUUUAUUUAUGAGUAACUUUAUUAACCAAACUGUUCAUACAAAUUACAAACCCUGUUUUGUACUAAGCAAAGGCCUGUUACACCCAGUCAAAAUGGAGAGGCCAGGGCAGGUGCAGCAAUAUUUGGUUUAUGAUUUGAACAACCCAACGAGGAUGUGCCCCAUUUGUCAGUUGCUAAAUUCCAUCAUUUGGUUUUGGAAGUUGUAUCCUCUGCUUUGACAUAGGAUUUUUUUCAGCUGUUAUUUCUCUGACCAUCUUUCAUCUACUAUUUUUUCCUUGAGGCGAUAUUUACUUUUAUCAGGUGCUGUAGGCGAAUCAUUGCACUGUUAUUUUCUGUGUUUUUGUGCCACUGCAUGAAUUACUUCUCAGACUUGAGUUUUAAUUCAGUAUUGAGAAUAAUAACCCCAUUUGUAAUAUGUAAAUUUAUUUAUUAGAUAGAAGCACAGGCACUUGAAUAAUCAUUGGAGAAUUAAUAUGGUUUUUGUUUGUUUCUAAUUAGUCCAUAGAUGCUCAUCUACAGCUGGAAGGGACAGUUAAUUUGUUACUAGAUUGAACGUCAUUGCAUAAAUAAACAUUCAUCUAAGUGUUCAGAACAUAUUUUUUAUUGUGGACAGGCAGAAGCAACAGCAAUGACUGCUUUUACAUGAUGAGCCCACUUGAUAACAGGAGGCAAAUUGUAUGCAAGCAGAGCAUUCCACAUUCUGGAAGUGAAUGGCAUGGAAAACUGAUUAAAACAGAUAAAAUGCAAUUUUUCAUCUUGGACACAAGACCUUUGUAAUUUUUUGAUGUAAUGGUCACAACAACGAAGAGAGAUUAGGAGGUGCCACAUGAUCGGGAAGCUUAUGAAGAUGAUGAUGAUGUGUGUGUGUUUGGGUAUGUUGGGUUGUUCUCAGGUUGACUGUGAGAUUUUGGUGAUCAAUGAGAAGGAAAGCAUAAAAUUCAAAACUGUCUGAAAGAAUAUCACCAAAUAUAAGAACAAGGCUAAAUGUUACCGAGUCAAAUUCGGUUUUGAUUUCAGAGAUAGGAGAUAUAGAAGAACUUGGACUUGGAGACAUCAAAACAAGGCAAAUCUCAUCUGUUCUCUUCAGAGAUAGUGUCUAGAUCUGACUGAAAACAAGCUUUUGAAGAUGACUGAGAAGAGGUAGAAGAAAAUUGUAAUGAAAUCAUUGAUGAAAAAAGAUUCCAGAGUAACACAUCUACAGACAGAGAGGAAGCCAAUGGGUCACCAGUAACUACAACUGAAAUAGACUGGCUCGAUGCGAAACUUGAAGUAAAGUUAGAACAAGGACUGAAGCCUCUUGCAUGGAUAUCAGGAACAGUGACUUAAAAGUCUUCAAAGUUAUAUCAAGAGUAGCAACUGGAAAAUCUAAGAUGUAAGAGAGGUCAGCUAGAUAUGUGUUAGAUAUGAUGUAUUACCAGUUGGUCAUACAUCAUGAAGUCCAAACUUGUGAUUAGAGAGAAGACUGAAGUUCCAGAUGUUUAGAUGAAGGGUAGGGGUUAUAAAUUUAUAUAGUAUAGUGUAGUUGUGAGCAGUAAAAGAAGUUUGAAUGACUUCUUCCUUGAUAUUACAACAGAAUUAAGUGUUCCAGUUACUGUAUUGUGUACAUGUGCACUUUCAAAACACAACAAAGGCUUUUAUGGAUGUUGCUACAGGAAUUCCUAGGGAAUGGCUUACCUUACCUCGUGUGAAAGCAUUCACUGUCAAGUAUGACUGCAGUAUUCUGCAGAUUUAAUAUUGUUAGACUUGCUCCCUCUUGUAUAUUUAUACACCUAAUUGUACUUGGUUCCAAGUCAAAGGGUUGUAUGAGAUACUGUACCAUGAAGAGGUAUAUGUAUGUGCAGGCUGAUUUCAGGAAAUUCAUAUUUCCACCAAAAUUGCAAUGUUACACAAAGUUUUUCAGUGCUAUAAAGAAGUUCACAAAGACCAGUGAUACUUGUUUCCCUCAGUACUAUUUUGAAGCCCCAAGGACCAUUUCCUUCAUUUUUAUGCCUCCCGGUGCUGAUCUUUUGUUUGCAAGGGUGAUUUGCUAUUUGUGUAUUUCUGGUGAUAGAAGUUCACUCUCGAUGUAGUUCGGAAGUCACGUUGGUCCCGUUGCUGAAUAACCACUGGUUCCAUGCAACAUAAAAACACCAUACAAACAAACAAUAUUCCCUUAUUUACUUGCUAUUUUCCCAAGUAUUCUUUUUAACAUAGGGACCCUCCAUUUGUGUAAGCUUGAUAUUCUUGUCAGCAGCUGUUUAAGCUUGUUCAGCUUGAAUGUUUGUCAAUGGGAAGUGAUGAUAAUAAUAUCUUCACAUCUUCAUAGCACAGUGAUGAUAGAAGCACAAAGUAAAAACCAAAGCAAAAUUUUGGAAACAAGUUAUCAGAAAGAAUUUGAGAGAAAUACCAUAUACGACACUGGUAGAUUUUUUCAUGCCCUCAUACAUAUGUAUCACUAUGUUGUAUACCCUGUCAACUUUCUUCAUCUAUUUCUAUGCCUUGCAUCUUCCCCCAGCCCCACUUCACCCAUAUCCCUCCUCACCACAUCCAUCCACCUGAUCUGCUGAUGCCCCACUCUCCUCCUCCCCCAUGACUGGCAUGUUCAUAGCUCUCUUGAUUGGUUCUACUUCCUCUCUUCUUAUUACAUAGCCAUAGUAUGUCAGACGAGCUUCUCUAGCAUUUCAUAUAUACUUAAAUCCUUCUUAUGAGUAAAUAUUCCUAAAAGUAUUAAGGUUAUUUUCAGUGAAAGUUAAUUUUGUAAUGGGUGGCUUGUCUACUGCAAUACAGCUUGGACACAGAUUCUUGUUUGUAAGUCAUCAUACAUGGCAUAAAGAAACCUUUGGUGAGUAGUCUCCCUCCACUUCUCUCUCAGUAAGGAAUAAUCUUUCACACUAAAUAAGGGUAAUUCAUAGCAAGUCUCUAUUUUCCAGAAACUUGUUGAAGGAUUUAAUUUUGCAUUCAAAUUUACUGUAAUGUCUGUGGAUAGCUUGUGAAAGAGAGUUCAGUUCAGUUGUCCUCGAGUUGUUACAACCAUGCAGAAUGGGCACUAAAUUUUGAGAGUGAUAUGGUCAUAAUUCUUUUUCUUCAUGGUAUUUUGUCCUAAAGUUAUGGGGGCAAUCCUGUGAUUAUUGUACAGUAAGAAGACCAUCAUGUUCAGUAAGAUGCAAUGUAAGGUGAAAAAUACACCAAGAUUGUUGUAGGUGCUAAAAUGAAUCGAAUUGAAGUCUUUAAGGUUAUUGUUGAGACUGAAAAUCCAUUGAUAUUCAUAACAAACUACAAGUGCCUCUGCUGAUGUAUAGCUUCUGAUUCUAAAACAAUUAUAUGUACCUUUGUUUGUUCAUUUCCUCCCUUCUUCUGUCAUUAAAGAGCAGGCGAUAUACCUUGAAGUUUAAGGGAUGAACAACGGUGUUAGUGAGUGCCUUCUGGUUUGGUAGAUCACUGAACCCCGGUGAGGAAACAACCUUUAAUAUUAAUGGUAUUCCCAGAAUCAGGGGUGGCCCUGUAUGAUGUGACGGGUGCAAUCGUUACGGAAGUGGGAUUCACAGGGAAUCAUAAUUUAUUGUUGGAAUGGACAAUGAUUUGCCUCCUUUGGCAAAAAAAAUAAAAAACAUUGAUGGGAACCCUUGUACUAUAUAGAACAUCAGGUAAACAAGGCGCAUUGAGAAGGAACACGAUACAAUAGUAAACGUAAAGUGAAAGAUAAGCUGGAGCUAUCCUAUGACAGGGAUACAUCCUGCCCAUCAGCCACAUAUGUCAUAGCUAUAUGGGAAGCUUGAAUAUCCUUUAAUUGUAUAGUUUUUAUGCAGCAGUGUCCUUUGGAUAUCAGUAUACUAAAUGCAGCUAUCUUUAAUGGGUACUUGCUGGUUCUCCAUACAGUACAGUGCAUACAUUCACACAAUUCUUUAUACUAUUAUUUUCAGUUAAUUCCUCCUGGUAGAUGCUAAUGAAGAAAAUAGCUGUAGUAAGUGUCAGCAACAUAGAAAAUAUUGUGACAGUAUUGAACAGCUUUUUUAUAUGAACUGUAUGUUAUAGACCAUUUGAAUGUGGUCUUCAUUGGGAAGAGAUUUAGGAGUUCCAAAUCAGUGGUGUGAGAUCUAUCAUCUCUCGAAGUUCUAAAAUUCUGAUAACAAAAUGCUUUGUAUAUAUAGUGUAGUUGUACAUACUUGAAAAAUAUAUGUAAUACAGUAAUCGUUGAACAAUGGGCUAAUGUGUAAUGACUUCAACCUGUAAUAGUAGUGCAGUCCUAAAAUUUUGUGAACUGGACAAAUUUUAUCUCUGUAUGCCUCUCAUUCAUUUCUUUAGUUAAUGAUUUCAUAUAUCUUUGGUCUCUUUAUGCAGUUGUCCCUUUUAUAAGAAUUUUUAUAUCACUGCAUUUUAGACACGGACACAUUGUACACUUAUUCAUCCAUGCAUUAUUCAUAUUUUAAAAAAUCACCUGGAAUUACUGCAUAAUUGCUUUCAACUUGUUAGCAAAGCUUUGUAGAGUUGGAAUGUAAGGCUGUGCAAAUUGUCUGAUAGAAAAUUAAUGCAAUAUUUUUUCCUCUGAACAUCAUUCAUCAUCAUUUUCCAAUGAUGCAUAAAUUAUGUAGGCUUAAUUUAAAUAAUUACUUCAUCUUUAAGGCGUAUUUUAUGUAUUAUAACAAUGAGUUAGGUGUUGACUAAUAAACGUGCAUUACACAAUUACAGUAUUUGCAAUUUGAAGACUUUGAAUGUUAUGAAUAACUGUGGAGUGAGACCCCUAAACUAGAAUAUUUCAGUAGUUAUAGAACAAUGAGUGACGAGAUGUAUGCAGGACUGUAGUGUUAGAGUAUAAUACCAGAAUCAUUUAUGAUAAUUCUUUCAUACAACAUUGUUUUCAUUUUCUCUGAUGCUAUACAAAACUUAGUGGAAAUGCUUGAACUAUGUUGGUGAAAGUAUUUGUAAAUAAACUUGCCUGAAGAAACAUCAUAGGCUGUAUGAAUUGGAGACGUCCUUGAAUUAAUUGUCAUAGAAACAUCACCUUUACAGGAAGUGGAAUAAAAUACUAUAUACUGUAAUUUCUCGAUGCUUUCAUAGGUAUGUACGUUUUUGUUGAUAGUUCUAGAAGAUUUUAUGUACAUAGAUCAUAAUAUUCUGUAUGCUUUUUACUUUGUACAUUCAUUGUUGUUAAGUUACUCUCACAUUUUGUGACUAUGCAUUAUAUGGAAAUAUAAUAAACU